CCCUACAAGAAAAUGAAGAUGUCUGCAGCAGCAGUUGCUCUCGCUUUCGCCCUUGUUCUUGCAAACUUCGCCAACCAGUGCCAUGGCGCACUGCAGGAGGGAUUCUACAAGGGAAAAUGUAACGUAGAUGUUGAGAAGAUAGUGUCCGGUAUCAUCACCCCACUAGUUGGUCAGAAACCGUGGAUCACACCAGCUCUCUUGCGCAUGCAGUUUCAUGAUUGCUUUGUCAAGGGAUGUGAUGCAUCAAUCCUACUAGAUGGGAGCUCGAGCGAGAAAACUGCACCACCGAACCUAAGCGUGAGGGGAUACGAUGUUAUCGAUUUAGUCAAGGCUGCUAUUGAGAAAAUGUGCCCUGGAGUGGUAUCUUGUGCUGAUGUCAUUGUCAUGGCAACGAGAGAUGCUGUUGCUGCGAGUAAAGGAGGGUGGUACAGUGUUCAAACAGGUAGAAGAGAUGGCUUGGUAUCUCUGGCUACAAAUGUGAAUCUCCCUGGUCCUUCAGUCUCAGUGGAGAAUUCCACUGCAAUAUUCAACAGCAAAGGAAUUAGCACUGAAGACAUGGUUUACCUUCUUGGUGGUCACACUGUUGGAGUGACGCAUUGUUCCCUCUUCAAAGAUCGUUUGUACAAUUUCAAUAACACUGGGAGACCUGAUCCAACCAUGCAACCUUCGCUAGCUUUCUUCCUCAGAUUAAGAUGCCCUCAGAGUUCAACAGUUGACAACACAGUCAAUCUUGACCAAGGUGGAAGCUCAGCAGAUCUACUAGGCGAACCGACUUCAAACACCGUCGACAAUUCCUUCUACAAGCAAAUAGUGUUCCAUAGAGGAGUUCUUCAAAUUGAUCAAGCACUGGCGUUGCAUCAGCUGACCAAAGACACAGUGAACACAGUAGCCUUUGCACCAAAUGACUACUUCCUUACCAAGUUUCAACAGGCCAUGGUUAAGCUGGGUGCGGUUGAAGUCCUCACUGAUGCUCAAGGAGAAAUAAGGAAAUCAUGCCGAGCCACUAAUUUUUAAUCACCAGUGAUUGAGGAGAAAUUUUCUACUUGCUUUUCCUUCUCCCUUUAUGGUCUGUGUUUUU